AUGACGAAGCUCGAUGCGUUUUACGACCAAUUUGAGGAAAUCAUCCACAACGAAAAGUCCUUCUACAAAUUCGUUGUUGGAGAUUUCAACGCUAGGCUUGGCGAAGCACAAGAGGAGGAGUUCAGGAUUGGAAAGUUCGGAAUCGGGGACAGGAACGAUAACGGAAACCGUCUAGCGGGACUCCUGUCCGCGGAUCGACUCUUCUAUGAGAUUUCUUUCUUCCAGAAGAAGAAACAUAGCCGCUGGACAUGGGAGACUUCAAAUGGUACAAUUCGUGCUGAGCUGGACCACAUAUUAACAAAUAGAAAGUGGUGCUUACUAGAUGUUGGUGUUGUACCAUCUUUUUGCAGUGGUUACGAUCAUCGAAUCCUCCGCGCUAAGAUAGUAUUCAGUCACAAGCUGAAAAGAUUUCUCAACAUCGCGCAAAAAGCUCGAAGCAUGUUGUAUACGACGGAGAUGUUCUGA